AUGCUGCCAUUAAUACCACCAAUACUGGCGCUCCUUCUACCUCCAGCAUUCGCGUUCGUUCUCGAGCUCUCCGACAGCUCCGCUGCGCUUGUCUACUCCCCCUCCGUCGUCACACCACUCGCCGAGCGCGCCGGAGAAACAUGGGUUGACUGGUACACCAGUAUGGACGGGAGCCCGCCACCCGGACCCUCAGACUUUGUAUGGCCCAGGUAUGGGAGCACGCACACGACGUCGCGCGCCGGCGCAUCGGUUUUCAUCUUUUUUGCUGGGACGCGUAUUGAGUGGUGGGGCCGGGUCGGCGCUGGCACAGUCCUCUCCACGAACGGCGAACAGGUCUCGCCCCGGCCCACCAGGGAGAGCAUUUCUCUCGCGGCGGCUGACUUUGAACUAAGCGUCCACAAUGCGUCCCUCACCCUUGUGAACGGCAACGUCACGCUCACGAGUGUGCGCAUCACUGUGCCCUCUACCGAAAAGUCGUGGACAUCUGAAAACGCUCUUACAGAAGCCAGCGGCGCGGUGAACCCCUUCUUCAACGCGCCAUUGUGGGAGACAGCACUCUCUCUGGCGGGGAAUGAUUGGCCUAGCUUGAGAGGCCAUGAGGUCAAGGGCGAAGCCCAGUGGUUGAACUUUAGUAUCCCGGCUAAUACGAGCCUCAUGGUGUUGAACUGCGCCAGCGAUCCGCGCGUGACGACGUUUGACCACUUCAUCUCCCCGGGAGGGAGACUGCCUCGCGUCAAUCUUCAGCGCUCUUUUGCCGCGCCCAUCAACGCUACUGCGCUCUUCCUCGACCCCGCGGUCAAGUAUGAGUACGCGUUGCUGCCCGUUAGCGAGAGCCUCAUAAAGUUCAAGAGCGUGAGCUUCCUUACGGGCGACACUCCCGGAUUGCCUGUCACUGCGACGAGCGGAGUUCCGGAUGCUGCGUCGGCCGCCACUAAUACCGACGCUGGUCCUGAGGCGGCUGGAGCAGGAGUGACAGAACACUCAUCGCCUGAAGCGCCUCCGGUAGCGAAGACGGGCAACGUCGGGGCAAUCGUGGGGGGUGUGGUCGGCGGGCUACUAGCUUUAGCCCUUCUGGCCUGCGGGUUAUGGUUUUUUCGUCAACGCCUGAUCCAGCGCCGCUCCCACAUUGGAAAGAGGCUCGACCUCAACGACAGCAAUAUAUCCGUGACGCCUUACGAAAUGGAGGACAAACUCCCGGCGCUGAGUCUGCACCCCACGCUGGAUCAUUACCCGACGCCAGACGUAAGUCCGUUCCCGACGCUCAGUACGCACGAGAGCGCGGGAUGGCACCCAUCACAGUUCGCCCCGCCGCUCCCCAUCCCCGCACAAGCUGUCGCCGAGACCGUGCACAUCCGCACGCCUCCACCUGCACGACCAGCUAUCAACACGUCGCUUGUCACCCGCCCACUAUCCCCCACACUGGCGAGCAAGCGCGCAAGGCUGGCGCCCCUUAGCGCUGGACCGCUCAGCGCGGGACACGAUCCUUUCAGCGCGACGUUCGACACCCCCGACGGCUCGGUGAUUCCUAGCUCUGCGUCGAGUCUGGAUUCAACUGACGGGCGUGAGAUCACGGUGCAUGCCACCGACGCCGGGCCGGUGCUUAUAGAUGUCCUCCCGCCCAUGUACAACCCUGCGUGGACCGGGCCUGGCGCCUCCGAGAGGCCCAAUGGAUAG